UGCGGCACAUUUUCACCAAAACACAAUAACACGAGAGACGAACAUAUUGCUUUCACAUAUUAAAGAGUGAGACAUCUUAAUACACACGCGAGAAAUACGCCGCCAAUUUGUUGAUAUUUUCUGCUUACAACUCGUAUGGAAUCUUCGUUAUAGGAAUCAUUGUGGUGUACAGUAUUUUCUUAACAAACCAGCGCAAUUCUGUGUGAAUCUUGAAGGUUUUUGGCUCACCUGCCGUUUCGCGCGCCUACGCGGACUGCGACCAAGAGUCGUGGUGAAAUUUUACGCACUUCGAUUAACGCACAAGUUAAGCACGCCCAUUCAAAGCACUUGAGCUGCAAAUGCAAGAAAACACACGGCGCGGUAAUAAUCGGCCCCAACAAGCCUUGUACAAACCAGGAUGUGGGCCUCUUCGAAAGUCAGACACAACUGAAGAAGAAACCACUAUGAGUAAACCAGUGAAAAAUAUCGCGGCCAGUCGUAUGAAUCGCUUCCGACAGGAGGAGUUUAGUAGGACAAUACCUGAAAGUGUCAAUGAACAAUUGCAAGAUAAACCAGAACAAGGAGACAGAAAAAGGAAUAGAAAACCUGAGCAACAAAUCUAUGUUCCAACCCCAGUUGCAAAGGCCAGACAGGAGAGUGAGAAGAAAGUCCAGAUUGAACAGGAAAUCAUUAAGAAUGAGAGAAGUAACAAGGAUAGAUAUGAUAAAAAGGAAAAAGAAAGAUUUAGGAAUGAUUACAUGGAUAGAAAUGAUCAUAAUUUAAAUGGCAGUCAUAAUCAAGAACAUGAUAGACAUUCUCAUAGAAAUAAGAGGUAUUCUAGUAAGAGAAAAGGGAAUGAUUCACAAGAUGAGUGGAGGAAUGCGUCGCCAAACCGAACAUAUCGUCAGGGAUCCGAACCAAGGCCACAGCAACAAUCAUGGGACCGCGUACGUGAUACGCGCAGCGUAGAACCAGCGCAUGCAUCACGUGCAUACCAACAUGAAAUACAAUCGCGUAAUCCCCCGAAUGCGAAACCACCGUCCGGACGGCGUCACAGCACCAUCGGGGUAGAGCCUGAUAAAAGACAAAAACCACAAAUCAAACUGGACAAUCUUCCGCCACGAUUGCGCAAGAAACGAUUAGAAGAAGCCGGUUUACUAGCAUGUAAUCAAGUCCCUGAGGAAUCUUGGGACGGCUCCAGCAUUACAUUUCAGGGUACUACGCAAAAUUCGAAGGGAAAUGCAUUGCAAUCAAACCAGCACGUGUCGGCAAACAACAGAAUUUAUAAUACUUUACCCAAUAAUCGACCAAGGGGUAGAGGUCGUAUUAAUAUGGAUUAUGGUAAUAUAGGAAACAAGCCAGGAAUGUUGCCAUAUCGCCCGGCUACACCAGAUAAGUUCAGUUCGCACAGCUCAUCGAAUAGUACACCCACCUUAUCACAUUCAAGUCGGACGCGCAGUAAUGAGAGCUUGAAUCGCGGUGAUUCACGCUCGCAAACACCGGUAAACAAUAGAAAAGACGAUUAUAACUAUAAUUCGAGCAGAUAUCCGAGGCAUCAGAAUCAAAAUAGGAAUUAUUUACGUGAUAAAGAAAGUGAUAGACACAAAGAAAUAGAGGCUGACGAUGUUAAGCAUGAAGAUAUUCAUUUAAUACAAGAAAAAUUGUCGGCAACCAAAAUAACAUCUCCACCUGCAGGCAAAAUACAAAUACAAAUUGAAUGUGAUGCAUUUAGUAAUGAAAUAUUUGAUUGGAGUGAAGAGGUAGAAAUGCAUGUGAAAAAUCUUGAAGAAGGUUUGAGUGACGCUCUGACUCGAAGUUCAUCUAUGACUAGCCUUACAGAGUCUGUUACUAAACCACCGUCAAGACCAAGACGUGGACGCAAAAAAAGAGAUCGCAGAAAUAGAAGGAGUACAAGUAGCAAUCGUGACAGAAGUGUGGAGAAUCAAAAUCGUCACUCGGAACCUCGCCACUCUCAUCAAAAUCGCACCCGUAAAAAUUCAGGAGAUCAUCAGUUUAAAGUUCCAGAUGCGCGGCCGCGCCGAGAUCGUAGUUUUGACCGUGGCCAGACUCGCUCACGAAAUGGAUCACGUGAACCUUCAUUUGAACGUCACAGAAAGAUAAGUUGUAGCGAUAGUUCAGAGGUAAACUGGCGAGAAGAGAUUCGUGCACGUACCGUGGAGAAGGAACCUCGUUUACGGCGCACUUCAGAUCGCGAUGAUAAUGUCCGACGUGGUGGACUUUUACAUCUACCGAAGGAAGGACCUAAACCGCCUGUGCUUACAAUUAAGGAUCGUCCUAUGUCUGAAAAUCGCCGCUCACCUGGACAAGCAACAACAACGCAUACGCAUUCAGCAUCGCAGAAAACUUUAUUCGAUCCACAAAAUCCGCAUAAACCGAUUAUCAUUAACAAACCGAAUUCUCGUGUGAGCUCGCACAGUUUUUCGGAAAUUACUGAAACGCAGUCUUAUACAUGUACGGAUCAAUUGGGAAAUGUGCGUCCUGCAUGGCACCAUGAAAACUCUGAUAAUUUCAAACUUUCACACUAUCCUGAUUUGUUAAAGAACAUCCGAAAAGUUGAUGCGGAAAUGCUAAAUUUCACCAGUCCACAAUACAUUCUACAAUCCUGGUUGCAUAUUCACAGUUGCCGAAAGUUUUUGCAGGAUGCGCUGGUGUAUUUGUUACGAGAGGAUAUGAAGUUUGCUGAACAAGAGAACAUUGAGCAAUACUUCUGGAAACUGUUGUAUUACAAUUUUAUUGAAAUAAUGCGCAAGGCUAUUGUUAAAGAUCCAGACAAUAGCAAACAGUAUAAAGAUUUCUUGUUGAAGCUUAUCAUAGAAGGGACUGAUUAUUAUGAGAAACUCUUGGAUAGUUUGCAAGAUAAGUUCAAUUUUAAGUUGGAGAAUUACACCGGCACUAAAGCUCACACGAAAAGUACGGGUUAUGUUCAACUAGCGUUGAUAUCAGCGCAGAAGAUUUAUAUUUGUCUGGGAGAUUUGUAUAGGUAUAAGGAGACUGUGAGCGACACAACAAAUUACGGCAAAUGUCGACAGUUGUAUAUUAAGGCGCAUGAGAUAAAUCCGAAAAAUGGACGGCCAUACAAUCAAUUGGCAGUGUUGGCGUUUUAUUCUAAGAAAAGAUUGGAUGCGGUUUACUAUUACAUGCGUAGUUUGAUGUCGACGAAUCCUGUUCCAUCAGCCAGGGAGUGUUUGAUCUCUUUAUUUGAUGAAAAUCGUAAAAAGUAUCUGCAUCAAAUCUAUUAUGAGCAUGAGCGUAAACGACGUGAGGAGCGACUGGAAAAAGCCCGUCAACACAUGAAAGAAAAAGAGUCGGAAAAUGCGAAGAGUAAGCAUGGCUCACUGCGCAAAGAAACAUGGAUUCGACCUGAUGGCGGGCGCCGCAUGCAUCGCACCACGUCGACGCUGCAAGAUACCAAAACGUUCGACUCUGAGGAGGAGGACUUGGCGGCGUUAACGAGCGUCGAAGUGAAUAAAAGAUUUGUGACGAGUUAUCUUCACGUGCACGGCAAACUCAUCACGAAAAUCGGUAUGGAGACAUUUCACGAAACGGCAUUGCAAAUGCUGAAAGAAUUUCGUGCUCUACUGCAGCACUCGCCAGUGCCAUUGCCUUCGAGUAGAUUUCUACAACUGCUGGCGUUGAACAUGUUUGCAAUCGAGAGUACUAAACUUAAAGAUCCAGAAUUACAGCCUGGAUUGCGUUCGGAGUUACAAGAACGCGCCCUAAUCGUCUCACUGGAAAUGUUCAGUCUGAUCCUAGAAAAAUGUGUUUCCAUCCUCACUGAACAUUUGGCCACGGCAACUCCAGCAAAUAUAAACAUUUUACCGCAAGACGCCGAAGAAUUACUACCGUCUGUGAAGAUUUGGUGCGAUUGGAUGCUGUGUCACAGCAGAAUCUGGAAUCCGCCGCCCUCAACCCUCGACUACAAAGUCGGGCCUGCGGGGGACGCGUGGACACGGGUCGCCAUCCUGAUGAAUCUGCUGGAGAAUCUGGAUCCGUCCAUCAUGCGCAAAUUUAAAGAAGAGGCUAUUGACGGUUACGAGCUGGUGCGACUACCCGAGGACAACACCUUAAGUGGAUUUACACCACUUUUAUGCAACGUGAUUCCUUCAACCAUAUAUGUCCCUCCUGAUACGGACAUUGAAUCAGCGCAGUUUGCCUUACGGCUGCAUAGGUUGCUCUUUUUUGGCACCGAGUUUUUGUGCGGGGUUGAACCACCCGUACUUAAACUUGAGUACAGGAACGACACACGUGGAUAUGUUAGCGUCGUCUGUACCACUGCAAAUCGAAGUGCACCUAAUACACCACCAGAAUUUAAUGAGAGCGAAUUGAUGGUAGAGAGCUUUAGUGAUGAAGAGGACUGUAAUUCAGAGAGUGUCGUCCUGGAGAAUACAUCAAAUGAAAUACAGGAGCUGCUAAGUAGAAAAAAUGAAUUGGAAAGGCGACAACGCGUUCAGGAGCUGCAUCGACAAACGGUCCAGAAAAUUUUACAACAGAGCGUCGUGAGUGUGCAUAUUGAGGUAAAACCCAAGAAUCUCGUGCCCGACACGAACUGCUUCAUUGAUUAUCUUCCUUCGUUGAAGACUAUUGCGUCAAGUAAUGUUUACACGUUGAUGGUACCAUUAAUAGUGCUCAAUGAGUUAGAAGGGCUUGCAAAAGGUGCGAAAACACCUGAACGUGUCAUGAAUCCAGCACACGCCCUGAAAGUAGCCGAGGCGUCGAAGGCUGCGUUAGAUUACCUCGCCACACGCUCGGCGGGUGUGAAAUGUAUAACAACAAAGGGCACAAUUCUCGCGUCGACCGCUUUCACCAAAGAGGACGAUGCGAUCGUAGAUGUCAACGCCACGAACGACGAUCGCAUCUUACAGGCGUGCAUGACUUUAUGCAAGGGCCAAAGCGAACAGGCCGCAGGCGAGCCACGAAAAAUUCAUCGUGAAGUGGUUCUGCUCACGGAAGAUCGGAACCUGCGGGUGAAAGCGCUGGCAAGGGAUGUUCCCGUACGAGAGGUGCCCAGUUUUCUCCAGUGGGCUGGUCUGGGUUGAAAAUGACCCUCGUGGACGAUUCAACUUGACCGCUACACUUGCCAGACAGCACGUCAAAUUGCAAACUAUUGAUGAGUUUGUGAAUUUAAUCUUUCAUCAUCGGGUUAUCAUGAAUUGUGGCGUUACCUUCAACUUACGAUCCUGAUAUGUUUGCUGAUUCAUCAACAUGCACCAAACUAUUAUUCAAACGCAUUGUGCCAUUAUUAUGAAAACUAUUUUAAUCUAUUAUACAUAUUGUUAGGUUUUUUUCUCAUUUUUCUUAUUUUUUGUUCUUUUUGACAAUUGACGAUUUAUCUAUGACGGGAUUUUGCACAGAGUAUUUUUAUUGACUUUAAUUAUACCCAUGCAUUCUGCGUGUGAGACUUGGACAUUAUUAGAUGUAAUAAACGUGAGGCGAUUUUCAUUGUUUCUAAGCGCGGUGCGUAAAUUAUGCACCUGAUUGUGAUUAAUCGUUAAUGAAAAACAUAUUUUAAACAAAUGCGUUUAUUUUUAAAACUUGUAUGUUAGUUACUGCUAUGUACUUAUACAUUUACACGAUGUGAAUACAAGAUAAUAUUGUUUAGUUUUUCAACAAAAAAGGUAAAAAAGGACCCAAGUUCGGUCUUAUUUUUAUUAUUCUGUUUACCGGUUAAUUUUUUAAGUAUUUACUGCUAAGUUUAGUUGACUAAAUAUUAAAUAACACAAUUGUGACUUUGACUGUUAACUUUUUGAAUGUUCGAUGCUUUCGACUAUACAAAUAUUGACGACAAGUAUUUCUGCUCAAUAAAAUGAAAAUAAAGAUUACAGGUUUAUUCAA